AUGACUCAUUCUGGUUUUUUCUCUCAACAAAAUGUUUCAGAGAAUGAAUUAGAAAUUGAGUAUAUGUUAACGAAUGCAUUUAGGUUAUUACUAAAGGAAAAUCCAAUGAGUGUCACCCCAUUUGUCCACGUCAUGCUCAGCCCGAUUAUGACAAAUCCAUGGCAUCAAAUGUUUAUUUGGUUGAAAAAUGAGGAUUCUUCCGCAUUUGAAACCACACAUGGGAGGUAUUUUUGGGAUUAUGCAGCUCAUGACCCAAUAUUUAACCGUUUAUUCAAUGAGUCAAUGGAAAGUGAUGCUCGAUUAGUGAGCGAUCUGUUGAUUGACAAGUGUAAGGGAGUGUUCCAUGGAUUAGAGUCAUUGGUUGAUGUUGCAGGAGGCACAGGAACCAUGGCAAAGGCUCUUGCCAAAUCAUUCCCACAAAUGGAAUGCAUUGUGUUUGAUCUCCCACAUGUUGUUGAUGGCUUACAAGGAAGUCAUAACCUAAGCUAUGUUGGUGGAGAUAUGUUUCAACAAAUUCCUCAAGCAGAUGCCAUUUUGUUGAAGUGGAUCUUGCAUGAUUGGAAUGACAGGGAAUGUGUGAAUAUUUUGAAGAAAUGCAAGGAAUCAUUGGAGAAGAAAGGUAAAGAAGGAAAGUCGAUUAUCAUAGAUAUGGUGUUGGACAUUGAAAACAAUAAUGAAUCAGUUGAAACACAACUCUUCUUUGAUAUGUUGAUGAUGAUAAUGCUCACCAAAAAAGAGAAAAAUGAAAAAGAAUGGGUUAAUUUGAUUUUAUCUGUCGGUUUUAGUGACUAUAAAAUAACCCCAAUUUUAGGUUUAAGGUCCAUGAUUGAGAUCUAUCCUUAA